CGUUUGGCUCCAACAACGUGUGGUUACAAGAAAUGCAACUUUUGGGUACAAUUUAAUUGUCGGGUCUUGUUUAUCUUUUGCUAAGAAUAUUUGGACUUUUGGGAAGUUUCAUUCUUUGUGAUGCGAAGAAGGAAAUGAUCCAUUUCAGAAGUGGCAAGGUUAGAGACCAGAAGAGUUCAAGAAGCAACAUAAUUUAUACAUGUUUUGAAAGCGCGAAAGAGAUUGAUUAGAGGGAAGGAAAAAGAUGACAGUUGAAGUGGAAGUUAAUACUAAUGAUAAGAAGAAUGUAUUAGUUGGUAUUCGAAUGGACAGCCAAAGCAGAGAGCUACUCAUCUGGGCUCUUGUGAAAGUAGCUAAGCCUGGAGAUUGCGUGGUUGCGGUUCAUGUUUGUCGAAGUCCUGAUCAGGCUUCGGAAAACAAGAACUUGUUGGAUGAUUAUCUUGAAGUAUAUGGAGGACUAUGUACUGUAAAGAAGGUUAGUCUCUCCGGUCGGAUCUUCGUUGGAAGUUCAAUCCGAAAGGUUCUGGUGAGAGAGGCAAAGAGCCAUGCUGCUGGGGCCGUAGUUGUAGGGAUAAGCAAGCAAAGUGCUCUCGGGAGUUGGGCUUCCAUGGCCAAAUAUUGCACCAAGAGACUGCCUGCAACGACCGAUGUUUUGGCCAUCCACAAUGGGAAAAUUGUCUUCAGAAGGUUCGCCAAUAAUCAGCUAUCAGGUCUCAAAGGGGUUCCAAAACCAAACUUCAAUCUAAGAGAAGUUCCUGCUUCGAAAGAAUGCCGAUCUGAAUUUGGUGACUCCGAGGCAGAGUCUGAGAGAUCUGUUUCUGAAGUAAUUCAAAACUCCAGAGACGGUUUAAGACAUGUUGGUGAAGGCUUAAAGAAUGAAGUUUUCAACCUUUUUCGUGAAAGAAACAAACUUCCAUUGAUAUCGACUUCUUUAUACAUAGGAGACCCUUCAGAGCAGAGGCUUGGUUGGCCAUUACUCCCUAGAACUAGUUCAUCGAUUCCAAAAGCCCUACCUAGAAGAAAAAUGUCAGUGGUGCAAUGGGUAAUGAGCUUACCAGAUCGUUCCCCACAGCUAAGUCCUCAUUGUUCAACCAUUAAAGAAUGCCCAUCAGAAAGAGAUCUUGGCGAGAUUUUGGAUGAGAAUACUCAAAAUGGUGGAUCUGCAUUGCGUGUGCUACCAAGAGGCUUGGAGGAUUUCCUCAAAACCGACUCAUCAGGUUGCAAACGCUUCGGUCGUGAGGUUCUGAAGACUUCAACUUCUCAAUUCUCCUCAGGUAAGUACCAUUUUAUCCUGAAUUACUCAUCAAAUCUCUUUUCCCUUCAGGCUUAUGCUCUCCAUGAAUAUACCGCUUCUGUGACAGAAAAAAUGAUUGGUAAAGGAGGUUGUAACCAUGUAUAUAAGGGAGUUCUUCCAGACGGCAAGCCAGUGGCAGUAAAGAUUCUGAAGUCAACCAAAGAAGCAUGGAAGGAUUUUGCCCUUGAAGUUGAUAUCAUCUCCUCGUUGAAGCACAAAAACAUCAUGUCCUUGCUCGGGGUCUGCAUUGAAGAUAAUGCUUUAAUCUCGGUUUAUGACUUCCUGUCUAAAGGAAGCUUAGAGGAAAACCUACAUGGUAAAAACAAGGAUAAAUCUGUAUUAUCAUGGGAAGUGAGAUUUAAUAUAUCUGUAGGGACAGCUGAAGCUCUAAAUUAUCUACAUAAUGAAUGUUCUCAGCCUGUUAUUCAUAGAGAUGUAAAGUCUUCAAACAUUCUUCUCUCCGAUGAUUUUGAGCCGCAGUUAUCUGAUUUUGGGCUUGCAAUAUGGGGACCAACAAAUUCAUCAUUUGUUACUCAAGGCGAUGUGGUUGGAACAUUUGGUUACCUUGCACCUGAAUAUUUCAUGUAUGGGAAAGUAAGUGACAAGAUUGAUGUGUAUGCCUUUGGUGUAGUCCUUCUUGAGUUGUUAACAGGAAGAAAAUCAAUUGGUCCUGAGACUCCCAAAGGACAAGAGAGCUUGGUCAUGUGGGCAAAGCCAAUAAUAGAGAGUGGAAAUGUGAAAGGCAUAUUGGAUCCAAAUUUGGAUGGAAAAUAUGAUGAGGUUCAGUUGCAGAGAAUGGUUCUAGCAGCAACCCUCUGCAUCACACGGUCAGCUAGACUUCGCCCUAAAAUGAGUCAGAUUCUGAAGCUUCUAAAAGGGCAUAAGUAUGAUGAAGAAUUGGUUGACUCCCGAAAUGGUAAUAUAAAGGAUUCAGAAAACCAGGACAAUAAUGACGAUGAGGUUUAUCCAAAAUCUAGCACAGAGUCACAUUUGAGUCUCGCAUUGCUUGAUGUUGACGAUGAUACCAUAUCAUAUAGUAGUAGUGUGGAUCGGAGCAACAGUCUUUCUUCAGAGGAAUAUUUGAAAGGAAGAUGGAGCAGAUCAUCCAGCUCUGAUUAGCUUUUGUUGUACUUGAACAGAAGAAGAAAAAUAUUAGCUCUAGUUUUACUUUUUGCAAAAAUAUAAAAGGGUGGACUUUGUCAGAUCGGUAGUUUGUACUUGUACAGUUAGGGGAAAAAUGUUGGCACCCGACAGUGAGGUGGUUUGCAGAUGUAAAACGUAUAAAUCCCAUGUAAUGUAAUACACGAAAUAGAAUAUGCUGGAGCUUGGGAUGCUUAA